GUUUCCAUUCGUCGUCCGUCUGGAAUGAACUCAGGCUGAAGAGAAGAAGAAGAGGAGAGAGGGACGGCAGAGAAAAACACUGAGGAAGAAGAAGAAGAAGAAGAAGAAAAGACGAAGAAGAGGAGGAGACGAAGUACGACGGUGUACUACUGCUCCGUACGCAGUACCUGGUCUGAUAGUAUUACUGCAGUACGACGGUGUACUACUGCUCCGUACGCAGUACCUGGUCUGAUAGUACCACGUGUACUCAGAGUACUGCAUCGUUCAGAGUAAAAUCUGUCGUCAGAUCCUGACUCUGUUCCAAGUGUGAACCUGAUCAGCUGAUCUCACCUGCUCAGGAGGCAGGAAACAACCUUCACCAUGGAGGAGUGACGGACAGGUGACACACCUGCUGAUCAGGAUCAGUGGCCACGAUGGCGUCCACCAGAGGACAGACAGGAAAUCUGAACCUGCUGCACUUCCUGUUCGGUGUGUUCCUGGUGUGUCCUGAAGGGGGCCUCUGUCUGGAGCUGCAGCCAUCAGCACCUGAAGUUCUACUGAACCCAAACUCCAACUUUACUGUGAUGUGUUCGGGGUGGAGUCAGGUGACAUGGCAGUUGCCUCAGGACUCUCGGGUAGACGGGGUUGUGGUGGCGAAUCAGGGAUCCAGCAGCGUUCUGCAGCUCUUUAACGUCACCUGGAGGAAUUCUGGGAGAUACACCUGUGAGGAGGCGUCGUCCUAUCAGAGCAGAGAGAUCGAUAUCUUCAUACCUGGACAAGGUCCAGAUGAAUGGUUUGUCCCGUUGGGGCCAGGUGUGGUGAUGAAGGAGGCGGAGGAAGAUACCAUUCCCUGUGUGGUGUCCGACCCACGCCUGAAUGUCUCGCUGUACGAACGUCCCGGCAGGAUGGCGGUUACCGGGACGACCUAUGAGCCGGGCCGCGGUUUCACGGGUCGACUGAAUGACACGUCAUACGUGUGCUUGGCCGCCCGUGGAGCUGAGGAGAGAGAGUCCCAGGUGUACUACGUCUUCAGCGUCGUAGUUCCUAAGGUGAUGGAGGUGGACCUGACGGUGUCCAGCAGUGUGUUGAAACAGGGUGAGGUUCUCACUGUGAACUGCACCGUCAAAGACACUGAGAUGGUCUUCUUCUCCUGGGACUUCCCCCGCAGACAGGAGGUGGAGCCUCUGACAGACUUUCUGCCCAAUCGGAUCCGCUCCUUCGUUAACAUCUCCACGGCAACAGUGGCAGAUUCUGGUGUGUAUGUGUGUGCGGUGCAGGAGACGAUGCAGGGACGAACUGUGACGAAAAACAUCACAGUGACAGUACUGGAUCGAGGUUACGUCUACCUGUGGCCCUCAGGUGAGCCCAACGUGUCGUCUCUCCUCCACCACACGGUGGAGUUCAGCGUGGAAAUCGACGCUCACCCCGCCCCCACUGUCCUCUGGACCAAAGACAAUCAGACUGUUGCCACGGAAACCACCUCCAUCUCCACCACACACCUGACGGGCAGCAGGUAUGUGAGCACACUGAUGCUGGUUCGAGUCCAGAUGGACCAGACCGGAAAUUACAAGGCAACCAUUUCCAAUGACGACGACAGUGAUGAAGUUGUCUUCAACCUGGAGGUCAAAGCGCCCCCCAGGAUCACGUCUCUGACGGAGGUCGGCAGUAAGGCGGUGCUGUGUGUCAGUGAGGGAGCCCCGCCCCCCUCUGUCACCUGGUACACCUGUCACAGCACACACAGGUGCAGUAACGUGACGGGCGGGUGGAGGAGCCUAUCAGCAGCCUCAGAAGGCGUGUCUCUGCAGGAAAACACCACUGAGAUGGAGGAGAGGGGGGUCACCCAGGUACGCAGCGUGUUGACUCUCCAGGCUCUCAGCGCUCUGUCAGCUGUUCGCUGUGAAGCCAAGAACUCUGCAGGACGACGAGCCCGAGACCUGCGAGUCCUGUCCCCCUCUCUCCUGUCUCAGGUGGCAGUAUUAGCAGUAGUCCUGGUUCUGGUCGUCAUCGCCGUCUUCUUCCUCAUCAUCCUCAUCCUCCUCUGGAGAAAAAAACCUCGUUACGAAGUUCGCUGGAAGGUGAUCGAGUCCGUCAGUCCUGAUGGACAGCAGUACACCUACCUGGACCCCACCCACCUGCCCUACAACUCCACCUGGGAAAUACCACGAGACAACGUAGUACUAGGUCAGGUGCUGGGUUCAGGUGCGUUCGGUCGUGUCGUCGAGGCAAACGUCUCUGGGUUGAUUCACUCUCACUCUACAACUAAAGCGGCUGUGAAGAUGGUCAAACCGAGCAGUGGUGCAGUUCAGUCUCUGAUGUCGGAGUUGAAGGUUUUGGUUCAUCUUGGUCCUCACCUGAACGUCGUCAACCUGCUGGGAGCCUGCACACGAGGAGGCCCUGUCUACCUGAUCACUGAGUUCUGUCGUCAUGGAGACCUGGUGAACUACCUGCAGAGGAACAAACGCACCUUCCUGCAGAGUGACACACACGCCAAGAGGUCAGUGCACACACACAGACAUGAAUCUCUCUCUCUGUCUGUUUGUAUUGAGUGUGAGUGUCUCUCACCUUGCAGCGACAGUGAUGGAGGUUACAUGGACAUGAAUAAAGAGGAGAGCGCUCAGUACGUCGCCAUGCAGGAGCUCCGCUACGCCGACAUCGAACCCGCCGUGUACGAGACGCCGUACACACCACCAGACCAGCAGGAGGCGUCCUCUCUCCUCCUCAGUGACUCUCCUGUCCUCAGCCUCAACGACCUCCUCAGCUUCGCCCACCAGAUCUCUCAGGCCAUGGACUUCCUCUCCUCCAGAAAUUGUGUCCACAGAGACCUGGCAGCGAGGAACGUUCUGGUUUGUGAGGGGAAGCUGGUCAAGAUCUGUGACUUUGGUUUGGCUCGAGACCUGAUGAAAGACCAGGACUACAUCACCAGGGGAACCAGCUUCCUGCCGGUGAAGUGGAUGUCUCCAGAGAGUAUCUUCCAGAACAUCUACAGCUCUCAGAGCGACGUCUGGUCCUACGGAGUCUUGCUGUGGGAGAUCUUCUCUCUGGGUGGGAGCCCGUACCCCGACCUCCCCAUGACUCAGGAGUUUUACUCUGCUCUGAAGAGAGGAUACAGGAUGACCCGACCUGAACACGCUCCUCAUGACAUCUUUGAGCUGAUGAAACAGUGCUGGGAGGAGAAGCCUCAGUCCAGACCUCCGUUCUCGUCUCUGGUCAUCUCAGUGGGAAACAUGUUGACUGACGACUACACAGAGCGUUACCUCCAGCUGACAGAGAACUUCCUGAAAGGAGAAAAUCCAGCUGUUGUUCGAUCCAGACUGAGUUUAUCCAGAGCUGCUGAAGAACUGACGGACAGACAGACAGACGCACACGGAAGCCCCGCCCCUCAGGUGAAAAUUAACCUGUCAGAGGCGGAGCCACAGGAGCCAGGCCCCUCCCACGGCACUUACAUCAUCCCGAUCGCUGAUGUCACCAUAGAAACAAGGAGCAGCGCUGCGCUGGACGCAGACAGCCCUCAUUCCUCAGAUCCGGCCCCCAAUGCACCAGGACCACAGGAAGUGACAUCACCGGAGGGUGAACAGGAAGCUGAGGAACCUGCUGCUUCUUCCUGCCGUCCUGAGGGAGAGGAAGAGAGCUGCCUGUGAAGGCUCCUGGUGCCUGACAGACAGAGCAGAGGGGUGAAAUAACGCCCUCACUUCCUGACCCAGUCAUUGAUAAGAACAUGAGGUAACCUGGGCUAUUGUCCCCUCAGCAGGGACUGUAAGGCUGCCAGAAGAAACCUGCUUUAACCAGGUGUUUUGCUAUCUGAAUCCUGUCUGAAAGUGUGUAUAUCAAACAGUGAGUAUUCAGCAGGUCCUGGAUCAGAUUUAUACCUUUAUACUCCUUCAUGUACUCUGUGUAUCACUCUGAGGCGUCUGUGUUUAUUCAAACUGCUUUUAGAACCUUUUUAUUAAAACAUAUAAAGUGCUGCA